AUGAGCAUCCAUCAGGAAACUGGGACCUUCGGGGUGUGGGACUAUUUGGUGUUCGCCGGUAUGCUGUUCAUCUCAGCAGCCAUUGGCAUUUACUAUGCCUUCUCCAGAGGUGGCCGGCAGACCCCGAAGGAAUUCAUGGUGGGAGACCGGCAGAUGACGGCGAUGCCAGUGGCGCUGUCUCUCACAGCCAGCUUCAUUUCGGCCAUCACCGUUCUGGGGACACCCUCUGAGGUCUAUCGCUUCGGGGCCAUAUUCAGUAUGUACGCUAUCAGCCAAGUCUUAGUGGUCCUCAUCACUGCAGAGGUUUUCCUCCCAGUCUUUUACAAGCUGGGCAUUGCCAGCACCUACGAGUAUUUAGAGCUUCGUUUCAACAAACACAUUCGCCUCUGUGGAACAAUCCUCUUCAUCUUUCAAACGAUUCUAUAUACUGGGAUUGUUAUUUAUGCUCCAGCUCUUGCUUUGAAUCAAGUCACAGGAUUUGACCUGUGGGGUGCAAUCAUUGUCACAGGAGUGGUCUGCACUUUCUACUGCACAAUGGGUGGUUUCAAAGCUGUCAUCUGGACAGAUGUUUUCCAAAUUGGAAUCAUGGUGGCAGGACUUUUGUCUGUGAUCAUCCGGGCUGCUGAGAUUCAAGGUGGGAUCAACAAUAUUCUAAAUGAUUCCUAUCAUGGAGGAAGAUUGAACUUCUGGGACUUCAAUCCAAACCCUUUGCAAAGGUAUAGCUUCUGGACAAUUGUCAUUGGGGGGACCUUCACAUCAACCAGCAUCUAUGGCAUCAAUCAAUCCCAGGUCCAGAGGUACAUCGCUUGCAAAAGCAGGUUCCAAGCAAAAAUGUCUCUUUAUAUAAAUCUUGUAGGACACUGGAUAAUUCUUGUCUGCACGGUACUUUGUGGGCUUGCCAUUUAUUCAAGGUACCAUGACUGUGAUCCUUGGACUUCAAAGAAAAUAUCAGCACCAGACCAGCUCAUGCCCUAUCUGGUGAUGGACAUUUUGCAAGAUUAUCCAGGACUCCCAGGCCUGUUUGUUGCAUGUGUAUAUGGUGGAACAUUGAGCACAGUGUCCUCCAGUAUCAAUGCUUUAGCUUUAGUCACGAUUGAAGACCUCAUCAAACCGCACUUUCAAUCACUCUCAGAAAAAACUCUGUCUUGGUUUUUGAAAGGAACAAGUGUGUUGUACGGAGCUCUGUGCAUUGGGAUGGCAGCCUUGGCAUCUCUCGUUGGGGUUUUAUUACAGGCAGCACUCAGUAUCUUUGGUAUCAUUGGUGGGCCCCUUUUGGGUUUGUUUUCUCUGGGCAUCUUGGCCCCUUUUGUCAACUCAAUGGGAGCAUUUGUAGGGCUCACUGCUGGAUUUGUCAUUUCCCUUUGGAUUGGAAUUGGAGCUCAGCUUUAUCCCCCACUUCCAGAGAGGACUUUACCACUAAGCCUCAAUACCUAUGGCUGUAACAUAACUGACUUCCACCACCAGGCAAACUGGAACUCAACCACAGAAACACCAUUUUCUACAAGUCCUUUUCAAGUUCAUAGUGCUGAAAGAACUCCCCUAAUGGAUAAUUGGUAUUCCUUAUCAUUUAUGCACUUCAGUACCAUUGGGACCUUGGUCACUCUACUUGUGGGAAUCAUUGUUAGUCUCCUAACAGGAGGAAGAAAACAGAGUUUAGACGAUAGAUUGCUUCUAACCAAAGAAGAUUUUUUAUCCAACUUUGACUUUUUAAAGAGGGAGAAACUAAUUUUAAAUCCUCAAUCUUACAAGAAGGAAGAUGAUGGAAUUGAUAACCCUACCUUCAGCUAUGUUGAAAUGCACUCCACAGAUGAGAAUGGAAAAAUCAGUCGGCCAUAUUGA